CCUAAGGUCAACCCCGCUUGAAGCUAUGGUGUUCACCUCCUCAAUGGCUGACCCACGGACUGUGAAGUAUGAGGCAGCGUUGAAGCUCUUUCAGAUCGAAGUUCCAACAUGCCCACUUUGGAGUCUUCUCAAGUUCCACCCUGACAAGUCUGGAGCACAGAGCGGUCAGGGCCAGAUCACCAAGAUCAACCAAGGCUUCGCGAUUUUGGAGCCAUUCUCCAAGCAAGUCAGCCAACAGGCGGCAGCGGCCAAUCGCAAUCGGAAGCUGAAAUGUGCAUGGCUAUUGGAACACUUCUGUGAGCAGGGGCUGGAAUGCAUACAUUGCGUUGCCCUUGCUCAAUCAGUUUUCGGGUGCACUGGUUGCAGCCACACGGGACAGGCUGCACCUUGGGGAAGAAAUGGAGCAUCAUCGAAUCGCAGUGGAAGACGUUCUAUUACCAAAUUGCUGCCCAUGAAGGCGUUGAGGCAGCCAUUGCUUGGCUCAACGGGGCCAAGGCCGCAAAGGCCGGCAGAGACCAGUUUAGCAAAGACCUAGCGGCCGCUCUAAAGAAAGAAGAAGACAUAAUUUCAAGGAGGCAAGAAGCAUGUACAAAAUUCUCCCCAUACGCACUUGACCAAGGACGAAGAAACACACAACGUGUCGAUACAUGUCGAGCCAUUGGAAGCGGUCCAGGAAUCGACUGUUGUCCCGACCGAAUUCUCCGAAGUUAUGCGAUUUGAUGAAUCCGGCAUCAUCAGCAUCUCCGGAGAAAUUGAAUCUGCAGCGCAAGAUUUUGUGCUCGGUCAACUUCCGACCGCACUAAAAUAGAGGACUUGUUGAAGUAGACACUGAACGCGUGACAGCACAAGAGCAGGCGCUUUUGGACCACAUGGCAAAGUUAAGUCUUGUAAUCCCAACAGGAAAGGCGUAUGUGAUCGCAGAAGUGCUUCUGGAAGAGUACCAAGAUUGGCCUAGCCCUGGCAAAGAAGUUGGAGCUGCCGGAUACCGACGACACUUGGCUCAAAGUUCACAGAGCUGCUUAAGUCUACCCUGAUGGACCAACUGACGUCGGAGAAGUUCGAAAACGGAGCAUUUUGCGCGAGCCUCAUCGCUUUGGGAGGUGACUGCUUCGCGCGAGGUGACUGGUUCGAAGCAUGUCGAAGCACCGAGGCUUGAGACCGGCACUGCUGCUGCUCAGUGGUGGAACCCAGCUCGGGCCGGUCGACCGGGGGGAGUGGAUGGAGUGGACGGAACACGAGAAAGUCAUCUACA